ACUUCAAAAGUUCCCUGAUCCGUCUCAGAAUGUUUAUGGUCAAGUUGAAAGGGCCUUGCUAUAGGUCUGAUGGCCUUGGUCAAGUCGAAGAAAAUUGAUGGUGUCUACGCAAUAGAUAAAUACCUAUACCAAAACAUAAAUUUUGGAUUCAGGAAUGGGCACCGGCUCUUCGUAAGCCUCAGCUGCAAGGCUGUGCCACCAGACACGGACCUUCGGUGGCGCCGACAAGACAGGCCCCAUUCGUAUGUCAAUUUUACCGGCGGUCGCUACGUCAAAGUGUUCCUACGGGCCACUGUCACGGACUCACGAACCACUGCGAUCAAUCAAGGUCAAAGUCGGCGUGACUAUUGGCACGGCUGGAAAAUCAAUGUGUUGUGGCCAAGUCUGAGGUCACGGAUCGCUCUGUGCGUUGCUGACCUGACCUGACCUGCCAAACCACCAAGCUCAGGAAGUGCCCGACUGCCACAAUGGCCGACCCGGCCCAGAGCAGUACCGACGGAGCGGCGCAGUACUCCCUGGAUCACUCCAAACUGAUCGACGACUCGGCUCUGGAUGUGCUUCUACUGGAGUGGGGUCAGACGCUGCGCCAGCCGGCCGCGCUGCCUGCCGAUGACCUGCUGGCCCAUUACGGGGUGUUUGGCGCCCCGGAGACCGGCCACCUGCUGCUGUACUUUACUCGGCGGCUCGGGCAGCCCCCUUCCGUCUUCUUCCGCGCGCUGCAGCUCUUCGAGCGGUUUAUGGAGACACAUAUGGCGGAGAUGCACCAGUACAUCGUAACCAAGGUGGAACGGGACAGCCGGCAAAAAGAGUGGAAGAACUUGCUGGAACGCAUACGAAGCCAGGCCAUUCUGAGGAUGCUUUCAUGCAUACAAAUCUCGUCUAAGCUGGCUCUUCAUUACAAGAUCCUUACCACGAAGAGAGUCAAGAGCCUUCUGCGAGAGGUGAAGCACUGCUACAGCCUGGAGAGCGUGGUGAACUCCGAGGUCCGCAUCCUCAAAACGCUGAAGUACAAGGUGAGCGGCCCCACCGCGCUGGAGGCCUUGGAGACGCUGCUGGCGACGUCAGCGCGCCGGCAGCCGGCGCUGCUGGAGCCGCUGUGUCCGGCGCUGCCGUCAGCCGCCGUCCGGCUGCUGCGCACCUGCUGCGCGCGCCGCGACCAGCUGCUGCUGACCGUCUACCGGCGCGCCACGGGCCGCGCGCAGCUGGGCGUCGGGCCGGCGCGCCGCCAGUUCGCCGCCGUGCUGGCCGACGCGCCGCUGCUGGCCGCUGCCUCGCUGGCCGCCGCCACCUUCCUGGUGCGCCGCGCCAGCAGCGAGCCGGUGCUGGUGCUGCUGGCCGAGCUGACGCUGAUCCCGGCCGAGGACCUGCGCCAGCUGACGGAGGUGGUGCUGGCCGACCUGCUGCCCGCCAGCGCCCUCCGCCAGCGCUAACACUGCCUCCAGAACGGCAGCCUAGCUGACCGACCUGCCGCCCGCCAGCGCCCUGCGCCGCUGACAGCACGGUGCGAUAGCUCGUGAGCGCGGCAGCCGGCCGACCUGCUGCCGACCAGUGCUCUGCGCCGCUGGUAGUAUGGCAGCACGACAGCCGGCCGGGCGGACGGGCGGCUGGCGAGCGGAUAUUAACAACGUGAGAACUACUGAGUGCGAACCUGAAUGCGGUAGCGAGUUGGUGGUCUCAGGUCUGCCGAAGCGAGAUCAGCGAAGGGCUGAUCUCGCUACAUUGUGUUCUGAACUGAAUGGCGGUGAUUGCCUGUUCUGUUUUCGAUGCAAGAUAACCAUUUAUUUACGUGCUGAUGAUGAUACCGGCUAUGGCUGAUUCUCUUUAGGCGUUUGUAUAGGCCUUAAAUCGUGAGUUAUCCGAUAACAUCUGAACACUUGUCGGCUGUAGUUGAAAAAUAUGCUUCCAAUGUGACUCCGUCUGUGAUAUAACGUCAACCCGUGUCCCUGUGAUGUGCCCGUCCCCUUGUCUCCGUGACUUGUUCGUAUUUCCGUGAUACGUCCGUGUCUCUGUGAGUUGCCCGUAUCUCCGUGGUUUGCCCGUGUCUCCGUGAUUUGCCGAUGUCUCCGUGAUUUGCCCGUGUCGCCGUGAUUUUCAUGUGUCCCCGUGAUGAUGCCUGUGUCUCCGUGAUUUUCCGGUGUUUAUGACUUGUCGACGUCUCCUGACGUCGCUAUGCGUGAUAAUGGAGAACGGUCCCACUGAUCUCGGAAAAAAGACUCCCGGUUGUGAUAUCGGGUUGUGCAGUGUUAGACCCCCGUUUCCCGACGUCGCUCAGUUGUUGAGACUCACAGUUGUAAACGAUUACCUCCGUGACGACAUCUUGUCGGCCCAGAUUAUUCGCAUGUAUUACUUAUUUUGUGUGCCAAGUGAUGAAACUUUAUUAUGCCCAGCAAGCCGCCGCAGGUUGCACAAUGCACACACUCGUUUCGAUUUGGCUAUGGUGAUGUGCUUUGAUUUUGUUGUUUACAUUAUUGCCGCUAUCAUAGGUAACAGUUGUUUUGUUGUAAUGUUGAUUCGUUGUGAUCUGCGCUGUGUUCUGAUUUAGAACAAUGAUGAAUGUUUACACACUAUUAAGCGUUCACAUAUUAUUUAAAAAGUCCUUAUUUAUCAAUAAAUGUUAUUUCCGGCUA